GGUGUCACUAAUGAGUGUGUGUGUGUAUGAGCGCGAGCAACAAGCUGCAGUUCACUGAACGACCACAGGUGUCACUAUGGAGUGUGUGUACGAGCAACAGGUUGCAGUUCACUGAACGGCCACAGGUGUCACUAAUGAGUGUGUGUAUGAGCGCGAGCAACAGGCUGCAGUUCACUGAACAGCCACAGGUGUCACUAUGGAGUGUGUGUAUGAGCACGAGCAACAGGCUGCAGUUCACUGAACGGCCACAGGUGUCACUAUGGAGUGUGUGCAAGAGUGCGAGCAACAGGCUGCAGUUCACUGAACGGCCACAGGUGUCACUAUGGAGUGUGUGCAAGAGCGCGAGCAACAGGCUGCAGUUCACUGAACGGCCACAGGUGUCACUAUGGAGUGUGUGUAUGAGCACGAGCAACAGGCUGCAGUUCACUGAACGGCCACAGGUGUCACUAUGGAGUGUGUGCAAGAGCACGAGCAACAGGCUGCAGUUCACUGAACGGCCACAGGUGUCACUAUGGAGUGUGUGCAAGAGCGCGAGCAACAGGCUGCAGUUCACUGAACGGCCACAGGUGUCACUAUGGAGUGUGUGCAAGAGCGCGAGCAACAGGCUGCAGUUCACUGAACGGCCACAGGUGUCACUAUGGAGUGUGUGCAUGAGCACGAGCAACAGGCUGCAGUUCACUGAACGGCCACAGGUGUCACUAUGGAGUGUGUGCAAGAGCGCGAGCAACAGGCUGCAGUUCACUGAACGGCCACAGGUGUCACUAUGGAGUGUGUGCAUGAGCACGAGCAACAGGCUGCAGUUCACUGAACGGCCACAGGUGUCACUAUGGAGUGUGUGUAUGAGCACGAGCAACAGGCUGCAGUUCACUGAACGGCCACAGGUGUCACUAUGGAGUGUGUGUACGAGCGCGAGCAACAGGCUGCAGUUCACUGAACGGCCACAGGUGUCACUAUGGAGUGUGUGUAUGAGCACGAGCAACAGGCUGCAGUUCACCGAACGGCCACAGGUGUCACUAUGGAGUGUGUGUACGAGCAACAGGCUGCAGUUCACUGAACGGCCACAGGUGUCACUAUGGAGUGUGUGUAUGAGCACGAGCAACAGGUUGCAGUUCACUGAACGGCCACAGGUGUCACUAAUAACAAGCGUUUCUGACACGCUGCACCUUUAAAUGCAAGGAUACGAGACUUUCUGCAUCACCGCUUGUACAGAACACUGACUCGGUUCAGCACAUGUGUGCUUUUGACAUUCAGAAAUCAUCACCACGUUUUCAGCCUACAUUUGACAUUUUUAGUGGUUUUGCAGCA